AUGAUUGUUAUGCCUAUUCUUCCUUAUACUCAAUUUUUCAUAUCUCACAAUAAUCAACAACAAUUUAAAUCAUUUAGUAUUGGAACUUGUUAUAUUUUAUUAAUAAGUAAUGUUCUCAGAAUUGGUUUUUAUAUUGGAGAACCUUUUGAAAUCUCUUUAUUGAUUCAAAGUAUCUUUAUUAUUAUUACAAUGUUAAUUUUAAUAUUUUUAUCAUCUAAACUACUUCAUAACUUGAUAUACUCAAAAGUUAUAACUACAUUUCUUCUAUUUACAACCAUUGUUAUCUUUAUUUCUUUUGUCACAAGAAAAAUUAAUCUUAUUGUUCAAUGUAUUGGUGGAUUAUCAACUACAAUUGAAAUUCUUCUUGCCUUUCCUCAAAUACUUAAAAAUUAUAAAACAAAAAAUGCAGAAGGAUUACCACUUUCUACUAUUGGUGGUUGGAUUAUAGGUGAUUUCUUCAAAACAAUUUAUUUUAUUGAACUUAAUGUUCCAUUACAAUUUGUAUGUUGUGGUGUCUUUCAAUUAAUUUGCGAUGGUAUUCUUGUUUCUCAAAUAUUAGUAUAUUCUCCUUUUAUUUUUGAAAAACAAUGUUUUAUACCUUUAAAACAAUUGUUCAAAAAAGGAAUAAUAACAACGAAUGAUGAACAAGAAGAAGAUUAUAAUGGAUUGUUGAUUAAUGAUAAUUGA